AUGGCGGAAGAGGGAAGAAAUGUGGAAGCUUUCUUAAGGUAUAUACCAACACAAUUAGACGAAGCACAGAGAAAUCUUCACUCGGACAAUACAAAUGUUCUUGAAUUUAUCCAGCGGCGUCUUGAAGACAGUCUUCAUGUGUUAAAUGUCCUUGUUCGGCGGUGCACAUACCUACAAAUUGACGAAUGUGAUAAUUUACUAAGACAUUUGAUUUCUGAAGUGCAACAAAUGGACAGACAGUAUGAUGAUCUUAAUUCCCAGUCGAGAAUUCUAAGUGAGGACCGUUUUUGUUGCCCCAGAGAAGACAGCGUUAGAGGAAGACCGAGAUAUUCAACACCAAAUGAUGCCAUAUCUGGUUUACAUCGAAUUCACCGCAGCUGGAAGGAAGUAUCUGCUAAUAUUGGAGUAAGCUAUUGCACCUUACUUAGGCGAUGUCACCAAAAUGGAAUGGUUGUAAACAAUGCAAGAGGACCACGAAGCUGCUACAGUCAAAUUGACAACAAUCAACUGUGCCAACAUAUUUCCCAAAUUCUUCAGGUUCUACCUAAUGCAGGUGAAACAUUUGUUUUGGGAGCACUGCAACAUAGAGGGAUCCAUGUUCAAAGGUACCAAGUGCGAGAGGCAAUUUGCUUGGUGGAUCCACUCAGUCAAGCAAUGAGACGAUCUGUGGCCAUUCUUAGAUAAUGUCCCAUGUCCAAAUACAUUGUGGUAAGUGUAUUAAAUUGUCUGUAACAAGAAUGGUGGCUGAUGGUUUGUUUUAGAGUUGAAUAUAGUUAUGAAAACUAGUGUGACAUUAUGUCAGACCAACCCACAUUUCAGUAUUGACUCUGUCAUAUGAUAAACUCCCUGUCUCCCUAUUAACCUACCCCUCUCAAAUAAGGUCCCACUAAACCAUUCUUUAUUCAAAUUUGUUUUUUAUUAGCAUAUCAUUCAUUAUAAUAUCAUUCAUUAUAUGAAUAAGCCAUCUGAUAACCCCCUCCACUCCAAAGGUGGAAAGAAAAACACUUAUGCCUGUAUUCUAAAAGCUCACUCACGCUCAAUGAGUGGAGGUUCAAUCUGAGCUUUUCUUGAGUGUCAAUGCUGUUUUUGAAUAGCUGGAGGGCGAGUAGUCACAUAGUAAGGUAUGACAUUAGCCCUCCAGCUAUUCAAAAACAGCAAUGACACUCAAGAGAUGCUCAGACUGAAUUUUCCACUCAUUGAGUGUGAGUGAGCUUUUAGAAUACGGACAUUAAUGGCAUGAAUUCAACAAAAAUGAGCUAUUUAUGUGUUGUCCUGUUCAAAAUUUUAGGCACAUCGAUGGCCAUCAUAAACUUAUUCAGUGGAGAAUGGUGACACAUGGUGGUAUCGAUGGAUUCAGUAGGUGUAUUGUUUAUUUGAAGUGCUCAUCAAACAACUGUGUAUACACAGUUGUUAACCUUUUCACUGAUGCAGUGGAGAGGUUUGGAUUACCAUCAAGGGUUCGAGCAGAUUUAGGCACUGAAACUGUCGAUGUAGCUUGCUAUAUGUUGGAUCACCCAAAUCAUGGGAUAAAUAGAGGGAGCUUCAUUACAGGAAAAAGCACACACAAUCAAAGGAUUGAACGUUUGUGGGCUGACCUGAGAAGAGUUGUUGGCAGAUAUUAUGAGCAUCUUUUCCAUCAUUUAGAGAGAUCAGGUGUGCUAGAUGUUCUGGAUGAAAAAUGCUUAUUUGCUCUUCACUAUGUGUUCAUUCCCAGAAUAAAUAGGGCUCUUAAUGAGUUUGCAGCUGACUGGAACAAUCAUCCAUUGAGCACAGAAGGCAACCGCUCCACUCUUUCUUUGUGGCAUGCAGGGGUGACAUCAAUGAUGAAUUCAGGUUACAGUGCCAUUCAAAGUCUACUAAGUAAUAAUGAUUGGAAUGAUUAUGGAGUGGAUGAUGAUGGACCUUUGCCAGAUGCUGAUUCUGAUAACAAUGUUCAAAUACCUGAAGUUGAAUUUCAUUUAAAUGAAUAGCAACAGCAGCACUUGAAUAAUACAAUAAAUCCACUAGAUGAUGAUGGAAACCAUGGCUGUGAACUUUAUUGCCAAACUCUUAACAUUAUCAACCAAACAGAACUUAAUAAUUAAACAUGAACAAGACACUUAUGUACAGAAUAUAGUUCUCACAACUCAACUAGAAUGUAAAUGACCCUCAAACUUACCAAAAAGUGUUCUUUUAUAGUUACUUUUGAUUAGUUUAGGUACAGAUUUUUUCGGCCCUGUGAAAUUAUUUUUGAUAUAAUUCUUUAAUUUCAUUGGAAAUGGAAACAAGCUAUUGUACCUACUGUAAAUGUCAAACACCAAGACAUAAUUUGCAAGCUUCUAACCCAACAGAACAUUGUACAAAGUUUGAUGCUAGUAUCUGUUUUGUACCAUUAAAGUUAAUACUCUUGCCAUUUAAUAGUUAAUGUUUUUAUUUGGCAUUGCCAUGGCAAUCAGAACCACUGUCAUACUGCAUGAAAAUGGAUAAUAAAAAGCUCUUUUGAUAAGUUUGCAGGGUUCGCUACUGUACAAUUUAUAUAGCGCUACAAAAACUAGAUUAUAUCAACAUAUGGAUAACAAAACAUGUUGGUAAUUAGUAGGAUAACAGCUUAGUGUUUAUGGGAAAGGCUUGGAGCCUACUCAACAAAUGUACACCAUUUAUGCUGUUACAUAUACCAUUUGAAUAUAAUGGGCAUUACUUGAAAGAUUUAUCAUAUAUUGGUAUAGUUCAACAAAUCCUAACAGAAAAUUCCAACAGGAGGAAAUUAACUAGUGUGAAACACCAGGAAUGGUCACAGACUACAUCCAUGAAACUGCAUGGAAAUACUGUAACUGAGGUAACUUAAUCUGUCACAAUCAAAUGAAAACCUAUAGCCUGCCACUUCCAACUUUUCCAUAUCUAAUAGAAGUGUCCAUGAAUCUUUUGAAGUCUUCAUGAGCAACAGGUAGUUUAAGUGGUCUGAAGCAUGUAUCAACUACAGGCAGAAUGUUUCCCUCCUUUGAGAGGAAUGACAUACUCAACUCCUCACCCAUAGUUGGUAGAGAUGGCCCAUGCUGUCCAGAACUGUAUUAGAUCUUGCAAACAUUCCUGAUCUCCACUCUGAUCUAUAUUAAAAUACAAACAAAAGUAUUAAUUUACAGCUUAUUUCACUUUAAAACUUUUGCAAAAAAAGUGAACUGUGAGCCAGUUACAACCUUUAUAUUGCCCCUCAUUAAGUUGGCCUAACCUCUUUCUGAUAGUUCAUCCAAGUAUUUUUCAAAGAACAAUUUUGCAUUUAUGGCAUCUGUAUCUUCAGUGAGACUGUACUUUAGAAGUUUCUUCACAUCAUGGACAUCAAUCAAUGCAAAUAGUUGCUUCUGGAAAGACGACGUUUCUAAUCUCUGUGUGCUCCACUGCAGGGUCAAGCAAGGUCCGUUUUCCAGUCAUAGCCUGAGAAGCCAGUCCCUUUCGCAGGUCAUCCAAUGCAGGAAUUCGCUUAGUGACAACUUCAUAAAUAAGGCAACACUCGUAUGCUAAUUGCUUAUUUGAAGGACGGACAACAAUAUGCGGAAAUCCUGAAGAUGUUAAGAUAUCAGCGAUAUUGCAAGUACUGUCGCUCUCGGUGAAUUUUUGCAGAUCAUCAUCAUCACAAUUUAAAAGCUAAAACAAAAGAAUAUACAUGUGUCCAUUAAGACUGGCACUAAAUUAACUUAGAGGUGUAACUUAACGCUUGCCCAGGGCAAGUUGCCUUGCCACAAGCUGGGCAUCUUUAACAUUGUCGGAUAAAUUUUUUAUAGUGCAUGUACUUGAUUCAAAUUUUGUUUGUGGGUCAAAUCUAGAUCUGAUGCAGUAUAACAUAGCCAUACAGAGCAGUGGGAGAACGGUUCAACCUGUUGUCCCCUUUAUUUAUACCCCCUACCUAGGUACACCAGAGGCCAUUUUCUGGUGGCAA